AUGUCCACUCUUGAUUAUAAUGUGCAAACACCUCCAGAUUCUAUCACAGUUCCAUUUUUGGUUAGCACCGGUUAUUAUAUCAAGGUAAAAGGGUUCAUUGUUGGAGGCCAAACCUUGAAUAUACCACCGGAAGCUAUUUCUAGUACUUUACAUACAUUUGGUAAGGUGAUAGUGGAUUCUGGCGCAGUUUAUAGUUAUCUGUUCCCUCAAGCAUAUGAAAUACUCCGGGAAGCUUUCAGAAAAGAAGCAAAAAAUAGGUUAAAACGUAUAUAUGGGUCAUUCAGUAAAUUCGAAACUUGUUAUGAUAUGGAGGAUUGGCAGGUUGCAAUAGUACCAAGUAUGUGGAUUAUGUUCUCGGAUGAUAAAAAGUUGGAACUAAACGUGCUCAACUAUCUGCAUGUGUAUAAGCCAGGGGUGUAUUGUCUUGCGUUUCUACCAUCUCUGAAGACCGAUACUAACCCUUAUCCACAAAGCAUAUUCGGCAAUACUUUAUUGCAGACAACACGUGUCACUUACGAUCUUGUUAACAUGCUAUUGAGUUUUACGCCGGAUAGCUGUUAG